AUGCCGCUGCCGAGCUCAGGCCAGGUGCCCCUCGUCGGACAGGCAGGCCCUUCGCGGCAAGCAUUCCUCAUCAAGUUUCCCCAAGACACCUGGUCCAUCCUCGAGGCCUCCCCCAAAGCCACCGUGUCUGUAGGCUCAGACGGCAACAUCACUCUCAAAAUACCCGGCCAAGAUCCCAUCCCCUUCGAGUCCCGCCCCACCUCAACCACCUCCGAGAUCCUCGCCCUCUCCUCAUCCCGCUCCAAGCCGCGACUAUCUCUCUCGGCUACAGCGUCCACCAGGCUCAAUGUGCCCUUUACCAGCAAGUCGACCGCUCGUGCAGCCGACCGGCUCCGCGCGCAGACCGAUGCCUUGGACCAGCGCAAGAAGGAUAGGGCCGCUCGGAUUGACGGUUCGGCACCUGCAUCAGGGCUAGGCGGGGCUGGCAAGAAGAAAGCAGAGCGACUGCUGGGAUCGGUUUCGAUGGCAGUGUCGAGCUCGGCUCCCGGCGCUGUGGGCUCUGCUCCAGCCGCUGGCAGUGUCCCGCUCAAGACCCGGGUCGUCCAGUACCUCGCCAUGGGCGAAACCACCGAGGAGGAUCUAUGCAGGCGAAUGGGAGGCGACGAACAUCAUGUCAUGCGGGUCGUCCAAGUCGUCGGCCGUCCGUCAGAACAUCGUGUCGGCGUAUGGUCACUCCAGCCCAGCCAGUACGCCAAGAUCAAACUCGGCGCCGGCCAGUGGUCCUACACCUACGCCGAACAACAACAAGUCAUCCGUCUCGCACACGCCGCGUUCGACGAACUCGGUCUACCUCAGAAUGCCGAAGAGAGGAUGGAUCUGGCGAAAAAGGAAAAGGAUGCGCACACGGGGUAUGGGGCCAGGUCUUCUGAUGCGUCCGACAAGGGAACGCCACAACUACCAACCAGUCAGGGGUUCUCUGUCAACCCCGUCUCUGUCAUUCGCGACCGCGAAAAAGCCCGCACCGAGUCACCUUCCCCAUCCAAACCCAAGCCUGCCCCUGCCCCGGUCAAGAAGGGACCACAGUCCAAGAUUGCACGCGAAAGAGCCAAAUUCGUUGCAGAGAGGCAAAGAGCAGGGAGCGGCAGUCUACCGAAUACAAAAGGCGCAGGAGGCAUGGCGAGUCCCAGGUUGGGGCCCACACAAAGCCCAUCGCUUUCACCCGAAAAGAAGGACUCUAAAGCGUUGGAAAAGGAGGAACAACGGGCAGAGUCUCGGAAACAAACAGAAAAGGCCAAAGAGGUGAAAACAAUGCCGAAAGAACGACCGGCAGCUUCUAAAGGCGUCUCAUUACAGGCAGAUCCGGAUGACGAGAGAGUGAGAAAGAGAUCAGACCGGGAAGAGACCAAACGCCUACCGAGCCAAGUGUCCGAAGAGGCCAUCAAAGCAAGACGUUCACGGCCCUCGUUCGACUACUCAUCGUCGUCUUCAGACGGCCCAUCCAAACCUCGAGACCCAAAACGGGAGCGCAAGAAACCGCAGCAAGACGCCGGCAAGGAGCGGUCUAUACCCCUAGCCGAGCUGGUCAAGCAGAGAGAAAAGCGAGCUCGCGAACUAGCAGCAUCAGACGAGAGCGGCGAAGAGGGCGAAAUCCGCGGUCGGCCAAAGACGAAACGGACGAGCGACCAUUGGAUCCCUUCAGCCGGUGGCCAUCUGCCUCUUCCUGCCAAUAUCCGCCAUGAUGAACUUCUCCCGAAGCGCGUUCCCAAACGCCCCAUACCAGACCACUCUGCCAGCUUGGCUGAACGGCCUUCCAACGGGCAUCUCCCGCGGCGGGACGAACCCCUCAGCUCAAACGCUUCUUACCGCUCGGCUCAGCGAGACCCUGAUCGUCUCCGUGAUCGAUACGAAGAACUGUAUCCUGCGUAUCAAAAGCUUACCGAGAAGCUGUCCCGCGUACAUCAUGCUGCCGAGGCUGGGGGCGAUAUAGGGAUGAGCGAGAUGGAGAUCCGAAAGAUGGCCAGCAAAUGGGAAAGGUGGCACACAGAGUUGUCUGAUAUCAGAAGGUGGUUUGGAAGGGCAUAG